AUGGCUUCGUCGCAGAAGCGCAUAGGCAAGGAGCUGCAAGAAUGCAUGACCUCUCCUCCCACAGGCAUGGUGAUCAUGCUGCCCUCGGAAACCGACAUCCACCACUGGACGGUGACGCUCGCCGGCCCGCCCGGCACCGUGUACAGCGGCGGCACGUACACGCUGGCGGUCAACCUGCCGGCGGACUACCCGUUCAAGGCGCCGCAGGUGACCUUCGCGACGCGCAUCUACCACCCCAACGUGACCAACGACAGCGUCGGCUCCAUCUGCCUCGGCAUGCUCAAGCCCGAGAACUGGAAGCCCGCCAGCCGCGUCCGCGCCGUCCUCGACGCCGUCCGCCAGCUCCUCGUCGAGCCCAACCCCGACGACCCCCUCGAGCCCCGCAUCGCCGACGAGUUCAAGAACAACCUCCGCGAGUUCGAGAAGAACGCUAGGUCCUACGUCGCUCGCUACGCUCAGCAGCAGCAGCCGUCGCAGUCGCAGACGCAGUCUGCCAAGAAAUAA